AUAAUUUUAUUUUGGAUUUGAUCUGAGUCAGUUUGAAUUUGGUUUAUGUUAUAAAAAUGAGUCUAAUCUUUGAAUUCAAAUUCGAGUGGUUUGGAUCGAAUUAAGCCCCAAAACCAUAGCUGAAGGCAAAAAUCGACUAUGUUUAGAUCAUUAAAUGACUCUAAAUUAAUAUUGAAAAAAAUAUUUCAUCAACUUUUUACCGAAUUAAGUAACAUAUUUUCCCCAGUCAGUCGUGGGAGAUAAUGUUUGAGGCCGAUGGCUCAUAUUAUACAAGAAUUUUCCAAAGAGGUUUGGCAGAAAUUAAUGCACCUAUUCAAAUAUUUGCCUUCUUUAGUAAGUAAACAACAAUCAUCAAUUCAAGUUGAUUCAUGGUAUCAAAAUUUAUUCUUGUCAGACAAAUUAUAGGCUGAAGCAAGCAAGGGAUGUCACUCUCAGGUGCCCCAUAACAGUGGUGCAUUGCUUAAGAAACAUGAACAAUCCUCCAAAAUAAAGUUAUUGGAAAAAAAAAAAAAACUAUGAAUUAGCUCACCCAAAUUGUACCUGAAUAAACUGCUAAUGCAGGCAAGCACAAGAAAGAGAGAGAGAGAAGAGGAGCAUUAUUUUGUGAUGUCAUGUUAAACUGUUUCUCUUAGAAGAUGAAAAUGAUCAUGCAAUUACUGUUAAUGUGGAGCCAUUUCCAUGCUUUUCUUGCCUUUUCACUAAUUAAUUUCUUUCCCUUUUCUCUAUUAAAAUGUACUUGUAAACAAGGGUUUCUAAUUGCAUCACCAUUACCUAUACAGAUUCCCCCACUCAAAAUUUCACCAUCUUUACCUCCUCUCUCCAUGGGGCGGCCGCCUUGUUGUGAUAAAUCAAAUGUCAAGAGGGGUCUCUGGACUGAAGAAGAAGAUGCAAAGAUUCUUGCUUACGUAGCCAGCCAUGGCACUGGUAACUGGACUUCAGUUCCCAAGAAAGCAGGACUUAACAGAUGUGGCAAGAGCUGCAGACUCAGAUGGACAAAUUACUUGAGACCUGACCUUAAACAUGACACCUUCACUCCUCAGGAAGAAGAGAUCAUAAUCAAUCUUCACAAAGCUAUUGGUAGCAGAUGGUCACUAAUUGCAAAACAGCUUCCUGGAAGAACAGACAAUGAUGUGAAAAACUAUUGGAACACUAAGCUCAAGAAGAAGCUUUCCAAGAUGGGAAUUGAUCCUGUUACUCAUAAGCCUUUUUCUCAGAUGCUUUCUGACUAUGGAAACAUUAGCGGUUUCACAAACGUUGGAAACUAUUAUGGAAGAAACAUGAACACAUUAAUGUCCAAACCUGAAUCAUCUUUAGUGAUAAGUGAGCUUCAGGAUUUCAAUAAGAUGAUCCUGAAGCCAAAGCCAGAACUUGUCCAAGAUAAUUUAUGGUUUGCUAACAACAAACCAUCAUGGAAUUUCUUGGCUCAGGUUCAAGUGUCAAACCAGGAGACUAUUCAGCCUUAUUUCUCAAGUGAAGUCACCUCUUCUUGUUCUUCAUCCUCUUCAUCUACUAUCAUGCAAUUAAACUCUUCGAAUUCAAGUUCUUGCCAGCCUUUUCUGUCUCAAACUGCAUGCCCUGCGCAGCCUCCUUCUCCCUUUAGUUGGAGUGAAUUUCUCAUCUAUGAUCCUCAUAUGUCUAUGGAACUUCAGCAAAAUUUAGAGCUUGAGCCUCAGGUGAUGUUGUCUUCAACCAACUCAACUUUGACACAAGAUGAACAAGAAAAUUCUGGGGCAUACAACAAAUGUGCUGACGCUUCUUCAUCCUCCACAAGUUCGUUUGUGGAUGCUAUUUUGAGUAAGGACAGUGAGAUGAAUUCUCAAUAUUUUGCUCUUUUGGAUGGCUCUUUUGAUUGAUCAAGUCAAAGUGUUUGGUUUAUGAAGGGUGAUUCUUCUAGUUAUGUAAUGGGCAGUUAGAAUUUAAGAAAGCUUUUGAUGGUUUUACUAAGGCAGCUGUUUUUUUUAAUCUAAUAAAUAAUAGUAUUAUCUCCAA